AUUUAAUACUGUUUAUUUUUUAGCACAGUUUAGUUGUUUUUAUUUUGUUUUUUUCUUAUUUCAACACAACAAUAAUACUUUCGCUUUGAAUUAAUUAACAUUUUUAGUAAUUAACAAAAGAAAAAGGAAAUAUUACCCCGUUUAAAGCAAACAAUUAACCGAAAAAAAUGCCAAUAAAUUUUCAACUAUUGCCAGGAGACAAAUAUGAUGGACGUUGUGCUGAAAUCUAUAUAACGGAAAAACAAUUCCUAAUCUAUCAUUGUUCGGUUUGUGAAGAAAUCUAUACAACAUUCAAUGAACUUUUAAGCCACAUUACAAAAGAGCAUUAUAAAAAUACCCAAGAAUUUAAGACAAAAGAAAUAAAGACAAGUCUUGCAACAGAAGACAAUGAAGAAAACCAGUUACCUGUAAAAGAGGGCAAUAAUUUGAUGGCUAAGACAAUGGUAUUAGAAGCAGAACCAGCUAAAAAGUUAAAUGAAAAAGAAGAGAUUAUUAAAAUACAGGAGUUAGAGGAAAAAGAGCAGUUGGCGGUACCUUUAAACUUUAGUGUAACUUCGCCACAACGCAAGAAACCCCGUUUUGUAACGGGUAUGUUGAAAAACUCUACGGUAGCUAGAACUAAAUUAAAUUCUUUGACACGUUAUCAAUUUAAUCCCUUAGAGGAACGUAAAUAUGUUUGUGGCAUUUGUGGUUUUGCUUUUAAAGAGAAAUACAAUUUACGCGGCCAUCUGCUGAGACACUCCAAUCAAAAGAAUUUCCCCUGCUCCAGUUGUCCCAAAAAGUUUUACACCAAAGUUGAAUUGCGUUUACAUGAAUAUCGCCACAAGGGUGAACGUCCCUAUAUGUGUAAUGAUUGUGGCAUGGGCUUUGUUAGCAAUGGCUCGCUGACACAACACAUUAAAAAACAUCAUAGUAGUCUACCACAUGCCUUUAAAUGUGAUCAUUGUGAUAAAAGCUUUCCGAAUUUUUAUCAAUUACGCGAACAUCAAUUGGUUCAUUCGGAGGAACGUAACUUUAAAUGCUGCGAAUGUACAUUAAACUUUAAAUGCCAAAAGAAUCUAAACAGUCAUAUGAAAUUACAUGAAAAUAAGCGUAAAUAUCGUUGUGACAGCUGUGUUAUGGGUUUUGCAUCGGAAGCUGCUUUAGAUACGCAUCAACGCAAGAUUCAUCAAUUUAAAGAUGAAAAUGAAUCUACAAUUGAGGUGGUUAUAGAAAGGCAAGAAUAUAAGUUAGAGGAUAAAACAGAAAAUACUAAUGAUAGUCUAGGAGAAUUUAUAAUUGAAGAGGGAGUAUUAGCUAUAGAACAAAAUUUUGAUGAAUAUGAACUGGUACAAACACUAACCGAUUUGGAGUGUAAUAAAAAUGCUCAAAGGAAAACUAUGACCGAUAUACAAUUAAAUACAAACGCCAGUGAUAAAAUGGCCUCUUUGAUGAAGGAAGCGGAAAAUUUAAAGCUAAAACUGGAAGAAGAACGCCAAAAGUUGAAUGAUGUUAGUCUUUCCUCUAUAGCAGAACGUUUGGAACCCAUUUCGUAUGUUAAUAUCAAACCACGUAAGGUGCUCAAGGGUCAUCAGGCGAAAGUUUUAUGCACCGAUUGGAGUCCAGACAAACGUCACAUAAUCUCUUCUUCACAAGAUGGCAGAUUAAUUAUAUGGGAUGCUUUUACCACAAAUAAAGAGCAUGCUGUUACCAUGCCUACUACCUGGAUAAUGGCCUGUGCUUAUGCCCCCUCGGGUAAUUAUGUAGCCUGCGGUGGUUUGGACAACAAGGUCACUGUUUAUCCCAUUACCAGCGAUGAGGAGAUGGCUGCCAAAAAACGUACGGUGGGUACGCAUACCUCCUACAUGUCCUGUUGCAUUUAUCCCAAUUCGGAUCAGCAGAUUUUAACGGGUAGUGGUGAUUCAACUUGUGCUUUGUGGGAUGUAGAAUCUGGCCAGUUAUUGCAGAGUUUCCAUGGUCAUUCAGGUGAUGUAAUGGCCAUUGAUUUGGCUCCUAAUGAGACAGGCAAUACUUUCGUAUCGGGCAGUUGUGAUCGUAUGGCUUUCAUAUGGGAUAUGCGUUCGGGUCAAGUUGUGCAAUCGUUUGAGGGUCAUCAAUCGGAUGUGAAUAGUGUUAAAUUUCAUCCUAGUGGUGAUGCCAUUGCUACCGGUUCCGAUGACAGCAGUUGCCGUCUAUUCGAUAUGCGUGCCGAUCGUGAAGUGGCUGUUUUCUCUAAGGAAAGCAUUAUUUUUGGUGUAAAUUCUGUGGAUUUCUCGGUCAGUGGCCGUUUAUUGUUUGCUGGUUAUAAUGAUUACACUGUUAACUUAUGGGAUACAUUAAAAUCGGAACGUAUUUGUUUGUUAUACGGACAUGAGAAUAAGGUAUCUUGUGUUCAGGUGUCACCAGAUGGCACAGCUUUAUCCACCGGCAGCUGGGAUUAUACUAUACGUGCUUUAUGUUCGCCCAGUCUCGAUUUCGUCAUAAAGCGUCGCGCACAUAAACUGCAAGCAAAGGGUCUUUCACCAGUAUGCGAACGCAUAUGGUCGGCCAAAGCUAUUUUAUCUCGCUGCCUAGAGUCACAUAUAUCACAAACAAAACAUGCACCUCGUGGUAGCGCAGGUUCGGUGGUAAAAGAGGCAGAGCCACCCUCUUCUCUAUGCUUUCGCAUAAACAUAAAAUAUACAAAUAGAAUGUUAAAAAUUCUACCCUUAGCUAAUUUAAGCCAACAAGCUAAAGCAAAAUGUGGCGAAAUAUUUUGUCACAGCUCCACAGACUACACAAUCUAUUGCACCUUUUGCGAUAUGAAAGCCUUUACCUUUGAAGAUUUCCUGUUGCAUGUACAGAAUGUGCAUUUUGAAAAUAAUAUUCUAAAAACGGAAACCUUUAGCAACAACAACAACAAUGAUUGUCAUCAGUAUUUAGAGGUAAAUGUUAAGUCGGAAACAAACACAGACAGUUUGGCAGUGGCAGGCGGUGGAGAGCAACAACAAUUACAUGAAGAACAGGAGAUAUUAUGGGAUAACUUAGAACAAAGUUAUGAAGAGGAAGUUGCUGGUGGUUAUGAUGAUGACUAUGAGGAGGAUGAUGAUGAUGGCGUAGAGGAUAGUUUUGAAGAUGAAACGUUGGCGGUGUUGAAGAAACCUAAAAAGCAAAUUAGACAAAAAAGAGAAAAACUUUUAAAAUCCAAGCGAAAUGAAGAGAGUGGAGAUGAAGAGGAUAAUGAUCAUAGUUCAGAUGAGGAUUUUAAACCAGAGAUAAAUAACAAAGAAAAUCCGGGCGCGGUAGAACAGGUAAAACCUUUUCAAUGUAGUGAAUGCAAAAAAGCCUUUAAAAACCUGGGACUUUUGAAAAUACAUCACACACGCCAACACGAAGAGAAAUCAGCCGAAUAUUUAGAGAAAAAAGAAAAAGAAGACAAAGAACAACUAUGUCCCGAAUGUGAGCAAAUAUUUCCCAAUAAAAAGUAUUUGGAUAGACAUGUUUACGAUGAGCACGGCGGCUAUAAAUGUGCCCAUUGUGAUAAACGUUUCAAGCAACGUCACCAGCGUAAACGCCACGAACAGUCGCAUACUGCGGAAAGAGUAUUCAUAUGCCAUUUUGAAGGUUGUGGCAAAAGCUUUACAGAGAAAUACUAUCUAAAACGCCACGUGGACAUACACACUACGGAGCGUAAUUUCAUUUGUGAUUUUGAGAAUUGUGGCAAGGCAUUUCAUACGCAACGGCGUCUAUCGGCCCAUAAGAAAAUCCAUACGAAACCGAAAAAUUUAGUUUGUGAUGCUUGCGGCUAUACGUGUCGUGAAAAUGAAACGUUACGAGUGCAUCAACGUGUUCAUACGGGCGAAAGACCAUAUGCCUGUGAAGUGUGCGAUAAACGUUUUAUAUCCAGUUCUGCUUUGGGCGAACAUAUGGCCUCUCACUCCAAUACCCGACCGCAUGUGUGUAAAGUUUGUAAUGCUUCAUUUGCUCGUCAGAAAGCUCUUUAUCAUCAUAGUUUCCUGCAUUCGGAUGUUAAAAAGUUUCGUUGUAAAAUCUGUGGCAGUGCCUAUAAACAGGCCUCCGGUUUGGCCGGCCAUAUGCGUAAACAUCGUGAGGAGGGCAUGAUGUCCAUGUUGCCCGAUAGACCCUCCAUGUCAACGGCUACCAUACAAGCAGCUCCGCCAGUGGUGGCAGUACCUCCUGCCUAUCCAUUUAUGUCGUUUUAGAUUAGUUAGAUAGUCUGUAAAUAGUUUGUUAGUUUUAUAAAUAGUUUCUUUUUGUAGUUAUAGCAGCUGUACAUACGUUUAUUUACCUUAAAACUUGUAUAUUGUGUUUUAUGUAUAAUUUUUUACAUAACAUAGAGCAAUAAUAAAAAAACAAUCAAAGUCA